AUGUGACGCCACUAGCGGUAAUCAUCCGAGUUAUUUAUGAAACUUGUCUGUUUCCUUCCUGGGGAUAUUCAGCUUGAAUAGAUGGUAAUGCAGACUCGUAGAAGUGAGAUCGAUAAUUUCCGGACUGGUAAAAACGAUACAUCUGUCUUACCGACCACUUCCAGACAGGGCGAAAGACCGGAAUAAUUCUACCAGUGCGAGUGCUUUCUUUAAGGUAAACGAAAUCAUUCCGGAUUAAAGAAAACCAGCGCUUCGGUUCUGAUAUUCUUUGCGAAAGAAAGCAUCUCUUUCAUAGAUCGCCGAUCGACCGCGGGCGGGGCGCGUCUUCCCCACGUCACUCUGGACGAGUUGACUAAUCUUCGAGAUAAGGCCUAUGACUCGGCUCUGCCAGCUACGCCUUGGAACUGUCAAACUUGGAGGAAAGGGGCUCUUCCAGAUUUCAUUGGACUUCUUAUUCACUCUGGAGUAGUGGUGACUGCAUCGCAAAGUGAAUACAUUGACGAAUUGAUUAGCCGACAGGACUCAGGAGAGAUUAGCGGAUUUCAAGAAAAUUGACGGUAUUAACCGUUCACAUUACUUCGAAGCUUUCUCUUUAUAUUAUCUCUUCAACUGACUCCUAAGAUACUGACUUCACAUUUCCUGAGCAGCGAUCUCCAUUAUUACACUUCUUCGGUGAAAAUUUCACAACCGGCGUAACCCCCUCUUAGCGAAGAAUGUCGGACAAUGGGAAUUUGGAGCAGAGAAUUGCAAGCUUGCAGAUCGAUCACGGAGGCAAUGCCAACAGAACCGUCAGAACGGGAAUGAAAAUCGGUCCCGCAGUUCCACCGAAGCCCAAAAAAUCUCAGCCCCAGGUGCCUCAAAGUUACACCGUGCAGGCGCCUUCGGCUCCGUCGUACAGCACCGUCCUAAAUAAUGCUGGCUCCAACGAGAAACCGACGAAUCUUUACGCUAACUCGCCAUCUCCCUACGUCUCCUUGAACGUCGAGAAAAAUGAUUUUGGCCGCAGAUCUUCGCCGACCAAUAGCGGAGACAGCGUGAAAUACUAUCAGAGCGACCAGAACUUCUACGCAAACCAACCCGAGGAAAAAUUCGAGCCCAAGUACGGCUUUGACGAGAAAAACUUCUACUCGAAUGUAGGCAACAUGCCGGCUCCCCAGGUGCCAGUUGAGGAUAGAUCCAGCAGAGCCACCAGAAACGUGGUAUAUGGAAAUAUCGAGGCACCCGUUCCUAUUCCGGUACCAGCACCGCACAAGAAAGAAAAAGACCUAAUCUACAGCAACAUCCAGUGGAAUGCGAAACCGGAAAACACGUACUGCAAUGUCUCCUCGACGCACAGCACAGAAGACCUUCCGCCUCCACCAGAGCCAUCGGAGUACAUCCCCUGCGUGUCCGGGAAUUCAUUUCCUCCACCCCCGGAAGAGCUUCCACCACCUCCUAGUCCCGUCUCUUCGAGCUACAGCGAAUUGAGACGAGCUACUUACCGGAACGACUUCCAGCCAGGGAAUUACCCGAAUGACAUCUACGGGCCGAGCUCGCAGUCCAGCUCGACGUACGAGUCGAUUUACGAGCCCAUCAAUCCUCGGCCCCCGUCACAACUAUCGUGCAACUAUUCAAUGUACUCCGGUUAUGGCUCCGCCACGUCGACGCAGCCGCAGGGCAAAGUCUCGCCCGUUAAGGAGGUGGACGUGCUAACGGAUCUCCUGGUGCAGGGGAUGUCGGACAGCGCAGAGGACAGCGACAUUUACGGAAUUUGCGCCCAAUGUGGUCGCAAGGUCGAAGGAGAAGGAACAGGUUGCUCGGCGAUGGACAAGGUCUUCCACAUAAGUUGCUUCUGCUGCUUCGUCUGCAACGUCAACCUCCAGGGGAAGGCGUUCUACUCGCUCGAGGGGAAGCCCUAUUGCGAGGAAGACUACCUAAACACCCUGGAGAAGUGCUGCGUCUGCACAAGACCGAUCCUCGACAGGAUUUUGAAAGCCACCGGGAAACCCUACCACCCUUCGUGCUUUACCUGCGUAGUUUGUGGACAAAGCCUCGACGGCAUCCCGUUCACCGUCGAUGCCACGAAUCAGAUUCACUGCAUACAGUGUUUCCACAAGAAAUUCGCUCCUCGCUGUUGCGUCUGCAAGCUUCCCAUCAUGCCGGAACCCGACCAGGACGAAACUGUGAGAGUGGUAGCUCUGGAUCGCAGUUUCCACAUCCAGUGCUACAAAUGCGAAGACUGCGGGCUGGUUCUUUCGUCUGAAACCGAAGGUCGAGGAUGUUAUCCCCUGGACGACCACGUUUUGUGCAAAAGCUGUAACGCCACCCGAGUUCAAGCACUGACCUCGCAUAUGACGACCGAGUUAUAAGUUAUAAAAUUGCAUUUAAAUGUAUUUGGCGCGAAACUCUACCGAGUUUCCUGAUGAAACACCUACCUUUGCAGUUCGAUAGGACCAUCAUGAUGAUUGUUUCACCAAAUUGCAGCAUUAAUCUAAAAAAUAGAAAUAAAUAAUAUGGUAACGACCAUUUAUGUAUUUUGCAUUCUCUCAUUCUGACCUUUUAUUAUUUUCGUCUUGGGUGUUACAUUUUAUUUAGCUCUACUAUAUAUCUCAUUUUCACCUUCGUUUACUAUAGUCUCCUCCCUGACUGCGCUCGUGCACAGUUCUCUUUAUUAUUGUUUACGCAUCUUGUUCUUACUCUUAUGUCUUUCUUUUUAAAUAUAUGUAUCUCUUACAAUGCAAUAUACGCUUUAUUAUCAUA